AUGUUUGUGGGCUAUGAAGAUAAGCCCCAGCGCAUCGAGAAUAUAACCUUCAAGAAACAUCAAUUGGAACUCUCUCUCUGCAAGGCUUUUGGACCCUCAUACAGACAGCUUCCCAAGUCCGAAACUUUCAUGCCAUGUUCAGGACGCGAUGAGAUGUGCUGGGAGGUUUUGAACGAUGAAUGGGUCGGACAUCCAACGUGGGCUUCGGAAGAUUCAGGCUUCAUUGCACACAGAAAGAACCAAUACGAGGAGAUUCUUUUCAAGAUUGAAGAAGAACGUUUAGAAUUUGACUAUCACAUGGAAGCCAACUUGAGAACCAUACAGACUUUAGAAACAAUUGCGAACCGUAUUGCCAACAUGACCCCCGAGCAAAAGGCAAGUUUCAAGCUCCCUGAGGAUUUGGGUCAUACUUCAAGCACCAUCUAUAAAAAGGUGAUAAGAAAGAUCUACGACAAGGAUAGAGGGUUUGAAGUCAUUGAUGCGUUGCAUGAAAACCCUGCUAUUGCCGUACCGGUGGUGUUGAAGAGAUUGAAGCAAAAGGAUGAAGAAUGGAAGAGAAGUCAUCGUGAAUGGAACAAGGUUUGGAGAGAAAUGGAGCAGAAGGUGUUUUACAAAUCUUUGGACCACUUGGGCUUGACAUUCAAGCAGGCGGAUAAAAAAUUGUUGACUGCAAAGCAGCUUGUCAGCGAAAUCAGUACCGUCAAGGUCGAACAACAGAACAAAAGAUUGCAUCCGUUGACGCCAAAACCCCAAGAACAACUUCAGUACAAGUUUGACGAACCCAUAGUUCUUUUGGAUAUAUUGAAAUUGGUGACUGUUUUCAUCAAAUCGUCGAAUUAUUCCGUCAAUGAUCGUGAAAAAUUGAGCUAUUUCUUCCAGUCGUUUUUGACUUUAUUCUUCAAAUUGCCGAAAGAGACCAUAGCAGCAGCAGCGAGUGAAAAGUCUGACGGAAAGGCAGAAGAGGAUUCCGAGUCACUUACCGAGAGUCAGGGUGAUCAAUUGGGACCCAAUCCUAAGAAGCGUCAUCGUGACACGGACUUGUUGCGCGAUGUUUUAAAGAAACAGUCAAGAGCCAAGAAGGAUGAUACUACAGAGUCUCCUUCACCAGUGGUAAGCGAUUCUGAUGAACCAGAUGUUUCUCAUGAGGCCGACAAGUCGAGCGAAUUGUGGAUUAAGACUUUACCGCGCGGCGAAGAACCUUCCUCUUCGGAGCAGCAAGGUCCUGAAAAGCGUGACAAGUUCAACUUGUUCUGUAAUACCACCAUUUACGUUUUCUUCCGUCACUUGAGAACACUUUACGAGCGUUUAGUCGAAAUCAAAGCAAUGAAUAAGGCGGUUGGAGAGGAGAUCAGAUCUCGGAAACUACCUCAAUUUGCUAAAGACUUGAAUUUGUCGUCGCAUCAACUUGAAGAUAUGGGUGUGGAAAUCAAGGGCGACAAAGAUUGCUACAAGCAAGUGCUCGAUCUCGCUGAGAGGCUCAUCGAAGGAGAAGUGGAGCACCAGUGGUAUGAAGAAUCAUUGAGACAAGCAUACAGGAACCGUGCUUACAAGAUGUAUACCGUCGACAAGUUGGUGCAAUCCAUGGUAAAGCACAUGCACACUAUUGUGUCCGACAGCAGAACUUCGGAAAUGAUUGUCCUUUUCGAAGCAGAUAGAGCACAAACCACUUCAACUGCCAAGGACCAAAUACUUUACCGUAUCAAAGUGAGAUCAUUAAUGUCCACCGACGAGAACAUGUUCAAGAUAGCUCUUCGAGAAAGUGACUCAUCUGUUUCCAUUCAGUUUGUUAGCCUUGAUGACCUCACCAUCAACGACCAACAAAGUGCGGAGGAGAAGUAUAACUACUAUGUCACAAGUUACGUUAUGUCUUACCCUACAGAAGGAGUACCUGCUUCCAAGCUUAACUUACCAUUUUCGAAGUCUUUCAUCGAAAACAUAGAGGAAGAAGAUUGUGAUGGACUUGCACGUUCAGGCUUGAAAGUUUCUGUCUGCGAGAACUCAUUUAGGUUGUUCUUUGAGGCUGAUUCUCACGACGAGUACACUGCUAAUACGGUGUUCAACAAGAAACCGGAGGAGACUCUGAAGAAAGACCGUCUUGAAGGGUUGAAGGCAUUGCUUGACAACGAAGAGAUUGGGUGGAAGUCAUCAUUAGACAAACGUACGGAUCCCAAAGUAUUGGAAGAACGUGCUAACAUUCUUAUCUCCAAGGGUGCAAGUGCCUAUUUGGAGAGCGAGAACCUCAUCACUACAAAAUCAGUACAAGAAUCAGCACCAGAUGUUGAUAUGGAAGAUGUUGCUGUGCCCGCCAGUGGUGAAGAGACUUCUCUGGAACCAAAGCACCCCGCUACCACUACUGAUGGAGAAGCAGAUGCUACAAUCUUGCACGAGCAAAACGACACCACCGUGCAGCAAGACGCCAAUGAUACGACCACCGAAGACACGACCAUACAUCAAGAAGACCAUACCAUGAUUGCUAACCAAGACGAAUAA